AUAGGGGUUAGGAAAUCUAGUAUAGUUAUUACGAAGAGAAGAAGGGCCUAUUACUUCGCCCUUCUAACUAAUAGAGAGUCUACUAUUACUAUAGAGGCUAUCUCUAUUACUAGAGAUUACGUACUAGCCUUUUUAAUCCUUAGCGGCUCUGUUUAUAUAGCUAGGUAG